ACUGUUUACGCAUGCGCGGAGAGUGGGCCGGCGGGCAGGCAGGCAGGCAUCCUCUCGCGGCGCUUCUCCUCCUCCGCCGCCUCCGCCUCCCUCCGCGGCCGGGCCGACGAUGCUGCUGCUGCGGAUCUGCCGGCGAGUGCGGCGCCCGGCGGUCCAGAAUUGCCUGUGUGGUAAAAGUUCACCCCAUCAAUUACGUCUGUGUCGUGGAUAUGCUACAUCUGGAGAACAUGGUGUUUCUGUAGGAAAGGUCAUUGGAGCCAGUGUCUUGUUUGUCGGCGGAGGCCUAGGUGGAACCAUCCUGUAUGCCAGCUAUGAUCCACACUUCCGAGAAAGUGUCGAGAAGACCGUCCCCUUUUCCAAUAAGCUCUUUGAAAUGGUCCUUGGUCCCCCUCCUCACAGUAUUCCAGCGUCAAAGAAGCCUAUGCCUCCAGGCCCACUAAAAAUCUCCUCUGUGGGAGGGGUAAUGAAAGAAUCUAAGCAACCUGUGGCCAAGUCUCCGAAGAGUAAGACAGAGGCCCCUUCAACUGCUAGUGAGGAAAAAGAAGCAGGAGCAGAAGUGGCACAGAUAAUUGCAGCAGCUGGUGAAGCCUUGUCCGUUCCAGCUCCGGGGAUGCAAGAGGAGGAACAUGGUAGAGGCCGUGCCCAUCCCGAGGGAGUUCACAAGCAGCCUGGCUUAGGUGGAGAAUUUAGCCGUGGGGAUUCCCAUGUUAUCAAGGAGAGAGCACCAGAGGAAGUUGCUGCUCGUCUUGCACAGCAAGAUAGAGAGGAGCAAGAGAGGAUUUCGGCUCUUGCAGCCACCUUGGAAAGUGCUCUGAGCAGCACUGCUCGUGUGACCCUGCAAGCCAUCACCCUCCAGGAGGCUGCUGUGCAAGCCGUUAGUGCUCAUGCUCAGAAGUUGAGAGAGGCCAUGGAGAACACGGAGACUCCAAGUGAGAAAAAGACUGCUCAGUGGCGAACACUGGAGGAAACCCUGAAGGAUCGUCGUAAAGCUGUGGAUGAAGCUGCAGAUGCCCUUUUGAAAGCCAAAGAAGAAAUGGAGAAGAUGAAAGGGGUGAUUGAGCAUGCCAAGAAGUCUCUCAUUCCUGGGGCCAAAGUUCACGUCUCGGCUGCUGAGGAUAAACUUCAUCGUAUGAUAGUUGACCUGGAUGGUGUGGUGAAAAAGGUGCAGGCAGCCCAAUCAGAAGCUAAAAUAGUAGCCCAGUACCGGGAACUUGUAGCCAUAGCGAGGGAAGAAUUUCAGAGAGAACUGGAUAGUGUUACUCCGGAAGUACAACCCGGUAGGAAGAGGCUAACGGAUGGCCUGACCAUCGAAGACUUGAACUCUCUCAUUGCCCAUGCCCAUCGACGCAUUGACCAGCUCAAUAAGGAUCUGGCAGAGCAGAAAGUCCGAGAGAAGCAGCACAUAGAGGCAGCUCUGGAAAAGCAGACCCUGGAGGACAAACGGGCUUUUGAGUCCGCUGUGACCAAAGCCCUGGAACACCACAAGACUGAGAUCCAAAUGGAGCAAGAGAAGAAGAUUGAAGAAGUCCGGGAAAUUAUGGAGAGUGAAAUGAGGACUCAGCUCCGCCGACAAGCUGCAGCUCACACUGAUCAUCUGGGAGAUGUUCUCAAAAUCAAAGAGCAAGAACUCAAGCUGGAGUUUGACAAGGACCUGUCAGAAAAGCUCAGCGAUCAAGAAGUGCAGUAUAAGCGCCUCGUUCAGGAGCAGCUGGACAACUUCACUCUGGACAUCAACACAGCCUACGCCAAGCUACGCGGGAUUGAACAGGCCGUGGAAAGCCAUGCGGUUGCUGAGGAAGAAGCCAGGAAGGCUCAUCAGUUGUGGCUCUCCGUCGAAGCACUGAAGCAGAGCCUGAAGACGGCUUCUGGAGACAGCCCCACCGAGCCGCUGGAAGGUGCCGUGAACGCCAUCCGAGCCAGUUGUUCAGAGAACACGUUCACCCAGGCCUUAACGGCUGCCCUCCCGCCAGAAUCGCUCAGCCGGGGGGUGUACACGGAAGAGGCGCUGAGGGCUCGCUUCCAAACCGUCCAGAAACUAGCAAAGAGGGUCGCCAUGAUAGAUGAAACAAAAAACAGCCUGUAUCAGUACCUGCUGUCCUACCUGCAGUCCCUCCUCUUGGUUUACCCUCAGCAGCAGAAGCCGCCCGCUGAGCUCAGGCCUGAAGACUUGGGCACCUUUAAGCUGCUCUCCUAUGCAUCCUACUGCAUUGAGCACGGAGACCUGGAAUUGGCGGCCAAGUUUGUCAAUCAACUGAAAGGGGAGUCUAGGAGAGUAGCGCUGGACUGGCUAAAUGAAGCUCGAAUGACCUUGGAGACAAAACAGGUGGUGGAUAUCCUGACUGCCUACGCCAGUGCAGUGGGCUUGGGGACCACUCAGGUGGACUGAUGAAGAACAACGUCUUCAGAAACAGAUAGAAAAUCGCCAGCUGUGUGGAGACAGAAAUGUCAGGUUAGACCUGAAAAGCUUCCACAGCAUAACAGGCUAGAAAUAUAACAACAUCCAACAGAUGAUGUCUCUUUGCACUGUUGUAAAUCUCUUGCCACCUGUUGCACUGUAGCCCUUAUCAGCCAUUUAUCAUGUCUGGAAUGCUGGGGUGGGGAACAAUUUCAAUGAUUUAAAUUUCCAGGUAUUACUGAUUGGGCUUAUGAUGCAACUGAAAUAAUGUUUGUAACUCCUAUUACUAAUUUGCCACUUGGUGCAAUUAAAUAUAAUGUGUAAAAAUCAGGCUGAUGCUUUUUCAUUCCUCCUCUGUGAAGCUAUACACUCAAAAAGGAGAGAGCCCGAGAACAAGUACUG